GCAGAUACUGACUGAUAGAGAUCAAAGAUGUUGCAGUUUAUGACAGUGACAUGCCUGAUCCUACAGGCUACACAUUCAGAAGAAUUUCUAACCAAGAGACAUCUGAAUCCUCAAGAAUUCAUGUCCAUUACUGAAAUAAUCCAGUAUUGGGGAUACCCAAGUGAAGAAUAUGAAAUCUUGACAGGUGAUAAUUAUUAUCUGCAGAUAAACAGAAUUCCUUAUGGAAUACAUGAUCCUGGGAAGAAAGGGUCUAAGCCAGCUGUGCUAUUGCAACAUGGUUUGUCAACUGAAGGUAGAUCCUGGAUUGCAAAUCUUCCCUGCAAUAGCCUGGGAUUUGUUCUGGCAGAUGCUGGCUAUGAUGUCUGGAUACUAAACAGCAGGGGAACCACCUGGUCUAGAAGACACCAGAACUUUUCAACUUACCAGGAAGAAUUUUGGGAUUUCAGUUUUCAUGAAAUGGGGAUGUAUGAUAUUCCAGCAGCAAUAAACUUUGUCCUGCAGGAAACUGAGCAAGAAGGAUUAUAUUAUAUUGGCCAUUCCCAGGGUGGCUCAUUAGGUCUUAUUGCCUUUUCAGCUAUGCCAGAGCUUGCUCGAAAAGUCAAACUCUUCAUUGCUUUAGCUCCUGGAUACACACUAGUGAACAGCAAGGGGCUUCUUUAUGAACUUUUUUUAAUACCUGAUCAUUUCAGAAGGAUUAUAUGGGGUAACAAAGAAUACUCAAUUCUUAGUAAUGCAAUAAAAACAGCCAGUGCCAAGAUGUGCAGUCAUGCAGUAAUAGACAGAUUUUGUCUCUUCUUCAUUUUCCUAAAUUUUGGAUUUAAUGAAAAAAAUUUAAAUGUGAGUCAAGCAGAUACAUAUCUUGGAAUUUUUCCUGAUUUUACUUCUGUUAAAACAGUAUCACACUGGGAACAGAUAGCAAAAUCAAGAACAUUUAAAUGUUUCGAUUAUGGAUCCAAGAACAAAGCCAUUUACAACACAACACUUCCACCACUUUAUAGAAUAGAAGAUAUGACUGUGCCAACAGCAGUAUGGAGUGGUGGAAAAGACAUUAUUAUGAACAAAACAGAUACAGAACAGUUGGUCCAUCGAAUCUCUCACUUAGUUUUCUAUAAGAAUAUACCUGACUGGCAAAAUAUGGAUUUUAUGUGGGGUCUUGAUGCUCCAGUUCUCCUAUACCCAGAUAUACUUGCUCUGUUGCAGAAGCAUAAAUAAAAGCUAAAUAUGAAGUGUAAAUUGCAUAUAUGCUAUGUUAAUAUAGGAGCUCUGUUGUAAUUUUGUUAUAUUUGUGGCAUGUUCAGGGCUUAUUUUUCUGAUCCAUUCCUUGCCUGUUUUAUACUCAACACAUUGAAUACUAUCCAGUUUUCUCCUUGUCAGCUACAGUCAAUCAAUUAUCAUACAGAACAAUAAAUGACAAGGGCAUUGCAAAAGAGUAUUUCAUUCACUGUGUGGAAAGCUGGCAGUGGGAAGGAAGGAAGUAUUAGAUGCCUAUCCAUCUCAGAUGUAUUUGUACCCUUGUUAGAGUUGGUAUGCAAAAUAAAACCUAUGGGUUGGGGUGUGCACCAAUUAUCCCCCUGUAUUUUUUGCAUUCUGAAAUUAUUCAAAAAUUCUAAAAAAAUAAAAAUAAAAAAGCUGACUUCCCAUACCAAUUUUUCUCUUCAAAUAUGAAAAAUUUCAGAUCUAUUAAACUGUUAUUUUGGUCUUUCGAUAAUAUGGUGGGAAAAUUAGCAUUUUCUAUUUUCUAUUGUUCUGUAAAAUUAUAGAUGAUUUUAGAAGCUUUUAUAUUAGAAGGAUCUAGGCAUUUUCCCUUUGACAGAACUUUUGCCCUACUUUUAGAAAGCUGACAGUUUUAUUUCACUGAAGCUGCUUUAGAAGAUCCAAAGCAGAAUGUUCUUUUCUUAUAAUGACUCAGGCUCAUUCCGCACAUGCAGAAUAAUGCACUUUCAAACUGCUUUCAGUGCUCUUUGAAGCUGUGCGAAAUAGCAAAAUCCACUUGCAAACAGUUGUGAAAGUGGUUUGAAAAUGCAUUAUUUUGCUUGUGCGGAAGGGGCCGUAGUUUGUUUUAGAACUUUUUUAAUGUGCACUAUUUUUAUGUGCACUAUUUAGAAAGGCCAUUAAAAUGUUUAUCUACACCAGCUAUGAAACAACUAUUCAACUGUGAAAAAAUAUAUUUUGUCCUACUUCAGUGAUUGAAAUCUAGUAAAGACUCCUUCUGUGGUUUUACAUUUCAAAACUAAGUCGGUUUUGAAAUCUGGAUUGCAUGAAUGGAAGGAUGCAACUCGUAACAUUCCAGGGCAGAUAGAACAUCAGUGAAAACUUUUGCUCUUAGGCCAUAAGAAUAUAAGGAGCCUAUGACAGAAGAAUAUAUACUCAAGGAGCUUAUGACAGAAGAAUAACAAUACAGAGUGUAAAGUUUAUGGUUUUCUAACCAAAAACGAUGUCAUCAAUGAUAGCAAUGGUGUAUCUCUUACAAAUUGUGAACUUGUGUAAAUGCCUACAUCUCACCUCUGUAAGUUACUUUUUGCCUCCCGAAUCUUGUCUGAGAUUCUUAUAUUCUGACUGCCGCUAAAUAAACCU